AUGCAGGCUGACAACGCAUCAGUCUAUGAGGACCGGGGCGUUUUGCUUUGGGUUGUUAAUAGUACAUUCAUCGGACUGGCGACUCUCGCGGUCAUUGCGAGAUUUGCUGCAAGAAGGCUGAAGAACUUACCCCUGGCCGCCGAUGACUGGGCAAUCUGUGUCGCACUGAUUGCCUAUAUUCUCGGCCCGCCAACCGUGAAGUUGUCGCUUUUACUGCUGUAUCGCCGAAUCUUCGUAUCAUCUCGGUUCCUCAGAAUCGUGUAUGCUGUCGGUGCAAUUAUCAGUGUGUGGACGAUCAUCACGAUCUUCCUAGCCAUCUUCAACUGCAUACCAAUCAGUGGGUUCUGGACCGGCCAGGGGCAAUGCAUCUCAUUUAGGGAUUUUGCCAUCGGAUAUGCCAUUGUGAACAUCAUCACCGACCUGGCAGUGUGGCUCAUGCCGAUCCCGAACAUGUGGAAGCUGCAGCUUCCGACCUCACAGAAGAUUGCUCUGACGCUCAUCUUCGUUCUUGGCUUGAUUGAUUGCGGGGCAGCCCUCGUGCGACUCUUUUCAUCAGUGCUCGUCAUCGGCAACUGGGAUGUAACAUAUUACUAUGGGCGCGGAUUCAUAUGGUCCAUUAUCGAAGUUUCCCUCGGCAUUGUCUGUACUUGUCUUCCCACCAUGCGCGUGAUUCUAAAGAUUGUCCUGAGUCGAAGUUUCGCUCGAGGCUUCGGAUUUUCGAGUUUGACUCCUCGGCCUCGCCGUUCAAGCAAAGGAGGCUGGGUCCGGGCAUCCAAAUACAAUGAGCUCCUGGGGCCAUGGAGUGUGCAGCCUGGCGCUGGGAAUCAAAGCCAUAGCAAUGUCACCAUGGGUGUGAGACGAGAGAAUGGUGCCAGCGCAGCACGGGAGAUUCGAGUUUUGGAAGAGAUCAAGGUUGAGCUUCAGCAUAUUAAAGCACCCUCGCCUACAGCGCCGUGUUUAGGACCAUGACAGAAGACUAAACUCCGUCUCCGCCUCGGCGUGCUAGCGUGUGAGAUUCAAAUUGCGAUCACAUCCAGCGUUGACAAUCAAAGUGAUGUGAAACAGGGCCAGUGAUACAAGUCGUCUU